CACCAGCCUGGUUCCGACCCGGUUUCUUACCGGGCAGCCCAGAAACUUUAAAUAAUGCUGAACAAGUCGUCGUCAAGCGACCCGAAGCGUUGCUACGGUAACGGAGUAAACAAUAAUGACUUCCGAAGCUGAGCUGUUGCCAUAGCGACGUGUAAACAAGAAGGAGACGGACAGAAGAUGUCGGCGAAGAAAAAGGACAACGUGGAGGAGGACAGUGACUCCUCCAAGGAGGAGACUGAGGAUGAAGAGAAGGAGGAGAACUGCUCCUCUUCAUCCUCAGACGCUUCACCCCGGCCGAACCCAGAAGACCUGGUGGUCCAGAAUAUUCCGGAGUCGGUGGACGACUUCCUGCGGAACUUCCUCCGCAGACUGGGCCUGACCCGGACCCUGAGUCGCUUCGAGCUGGAGUGGCACGGCUUGGCCCGGGGCGGCGGCGGCGGCGGCAUCUUCGUCCCGGACGCGCUAACCCACCGCCAGGCGCUGCUGAAGCAGCUGGAGGCCGUCCGCGGCGACGCCGAGCGGCUCCGGAAGCAGGUGCUGGAGGCGGCGCAGAACCUGCAGCGCAUGCAGCGGGAGAGCGACUACCACCGGCAGCAGCACCGGCGGCUCUCCGAGCAGAAGCACGUCCUGAUCGGGAACUGCAAGCAGCUGCAGGAGCUGCUGCAGGACUCCGAGGCGGCGCUGAAGCGGCUGCGGGAGAAACACGAAGCGGCUCUGCGGACCAAGACCCUCCUCGGACUGCAGAAAGAGCGAGCCCAGAGGCUUAAGGAGCCUGAGCCGGAAGCGGAGAAACCCAGCAGGAAGCCUCCACCCAGCAUCCCGAGCGGAGCCCCCGACCCCCGCGGGCUGCCGGCCGGUCCGGAGGUUCCGGAGAAGAGCAGCUUCCAGCUGUUCUGCUCCUUCCGGGCGCACCAGUUGCCCAUCAGCGGCGUCGCGCCGCAUCCCGCCAGGCCGCUGCUGGCAUCGGCCAGCGACGACCGCACCUGGAGGCUGUGGGACCUGCCGCGCAGCGGGGAGAAGGUUGCCCGGAUGCUGCUGAUAGGGGAGGGCCACUCUGAUUGGCUGUCAGGCUGCAGCUUCCACCCUGAAGGAUCCAGACUGGCCACAACCAGCGGAGACAAGACGGUCCGACUCUGGGACUUCUCUGCGGGUCGCUGCGUGCUGCUGCUGGCCGGUCACAGCCAGCCCACCUGGGGCAGCUCCUUCCACUCUGGCGGCCAUGUUCUGGCGUCCUGCUCCUCCGAUGGGACGGUUCGGCUGUGGGACGCCAGCCGCGGCUGCUGCAGGCUGAUCCUGCGGCGCCAUGGCGCCUCGGUGAACAGCGUGUCCUUCCUGCCGUGCUCCAACCUGCUGCUCACCUCCUCCGCCGAUAAGACGGUGGUGGUUUGGGACGGCCGGCUGGGCGUGAGCACCGCCACGUUCCGCGGACAUCACCACCCCUGCAACCACGCGGCCUUCAGCCCCACCACGAACGCCGUGGCGUCCUGCGACUCCAGGGGCGCCGUCCACCUGUGGGACACCCGGAAGCCGGCGGCGCCGACGGGCAUCGUGAACACCGGGCCGCUCGCCGCCAACCAGGUGGCCUUCAACCAAUCGGGGAAGCUGCUGGCGGUUGCUAGCAGCGACUGUUUGGUGCGGCUGGUGGAGGCGGAGUCGUGCGGCGUGAGCACCCUGACGGGACACAGGAGGAGCGUCCAGAGCGUGACCUUUGACCUCCAGGGUGGGACUCUGAUGUCGGCUGGCAGCGAUGGACUGGUCAACGUCUGGCUUUGAUGUUUGGACCCGUCAGAACCGACCUGCAGGACCAACUACCAGAGAAUAAACUUUAUGCAGCACUGGAGCACUUCCUGCUGCGGGAGGAAACAGGAAGUUAACGCCGAGUUCCUCUAAUAAAGAUUCAGAUCUA